AUGCGUUACUCCCUCGUCUUCACUGCUGCCCUCGCAGCCUCCGUCCAGGCCCACGGUGUCAUUACCCAGGUCCAGGGUGCCAACGGUGUCAACAUGCCCGGUCUCUCCGUCGCUGAUGGCACUCCUCGUGACUCUGGUAACCCGCUUUCUGGUUCCGAGGCUGAUACUUCCAUCAUCCGUGCUAAGGAGAUGGGUGGCAAGGCGUCUGCUCUUGGACGUACCGCUUCCGGUCCUGUAGAUGCUGGUGCGGCUAUUGCUAAGUUCAUGGGUACUGGUGCUGCUGGUCUCGGUGCUCUCCUCGGUGGCCUCGGUGGCAACAAGCGUGGUCUCCUCGAUGCCCUCACCGGCGGCGCUGGUGGCGCUGGCGGUGCCGGUGCAGGCACCAAGACCCCCAAGGGCACCACCGAGCAGGGUGUCGCUGCCGCUGCCGGCUCCGGUGCGUCCACUGGUCUCCCCACCACUGCCGACGACGGUACCAUCACCAUGACCUUCCACCAAGUCAACCAGGACGGUGCUGGUCCCCUCACUGCCCAGAUCGAUGCUACCUCCGGCGGUACCGACCCCGCUGCCUUCCAGGACGCCCAGGUCACCCAGAACGUUCCCGGUAUCGGUAUCGGAGGUCUGUCCGCUGCUUCCACCACCGACUUCCCUGUCAAGGUCCAGAUGCCCGCUGGCAUGACCUGCCAGGGUACCGCCGGUGGCGCCAGCAACGUCUGCGUCGUCCGCAUGCAAAACGCAGCUCUCGCUGGUCCCUUUGGUGGCUCCGCUGCCUUCACCCAGAGCGCUGCGGCCAAGAAGAGGGCUAUCGAGUACAACCUCCGCAAGCGCCACAUGGCCCGUGGUAUCCUCGGAAAGCCUGAGUAA